CUUGAUUGACUGAAGCAAAACAAAUCUGAAAGGCGCCAAGACAGACAAAUGUGGAGAGUGAACAAAAUGGAUAAAAGAAGACCAAUCUGGUGGCCUUUGGUUGGACAAGGCUCAUCUUAGGGAGUCGUCUAUUUUCCGUUCGCGCUGCCAUAAAUGUCAUCAUGAAGUGCAUCAUACCAAGCCCCAAUGUGAAGGUAUUUGCUCGAGCCAUUCACUCCCUAGCGAAGAUUGGCGACGAGCUCUACCUCGUUCCACAAAUUGAUGGAUUGGCCUUGAGGACCAUCAACAGUUCCAGAUCCGCUUUUACGUCGUUUCUCUUCAACCCGGCCUAUUUCAGCGUUUACGAUGAACAGAAAACUUCCGACGAAGUGCCCAAUUGCAAGAUCAUCAUGCGUAGAGCCGUUGCUAUUUUCAAGUCCAUUAGUCAAGUGGAUCGAAUGGUCGAGGCCGCUUGCAUCCAAAUUGACCCAUCGGAAUCCCAAGUCAGAAUAGAACUGCGCUGCAAAUUCAACGUUACCAAGAGCUAUGUGGUUCCAUUCCUCGAGGCCGACACGGUGAAGGCCCAAUACGAUACCUCCGAAAGUUCGAAUCAUCUAGACAUCGAUUCGAAAACUCUCUCAUCUGUGUUCGACAGCUUUCUACAAAACCAAGAAGAAGUUACAAUGAUCGCUUCACCUGGAGAAUUCAAACUGAAGAAUUUCAUUGAAGAUCAAGACGAGAUGUCUCGGAGACAUGCUGUGUCUACUGUGUUCACCAUGAAAAUUCCCGAAUUCCAAUCCUAUGCCAUCAAAGAGACCUCACAUGUGACAUAUUGUUUAAAGGAACUAAGAUCCUUCAACGGUUUUGCGGAAGCUUUCAGUCUGCCCCUGUCAGCCACAUUUGAUGUGGGAGGAAAACCAAUAGUAUUUGCCCUGUCGCACGAGGGUUUCUAUGAGGCAGCGCUUGUAAUGGCCACCAUCGAUGAGAAUAGUGCGACAGAUCCUAUACCAGUUAAUACCGGUGAAAGGCUUCUUAGUCACGUGGAACCACCGCCGAAGGCCAGUACUCAAAGGGAGCCCAAGCCUGGUAAAACAUCACACCUCACGCCCGGUGUGACUCCAAUUUUGGCCAAAGAACCUUUGAAUCGCGAGCUCCUUACACCCGAUGUAAUGGCUGAAAUGUCCAUGGAUCAAGGAGGGAUUUGGGAUAUCGAAGGAAAUGAAGAGACCGUUCCGAGAUCCCCGCCCUCUAAAAAGGCCCGAGUAGUCUUCAAAAGAUGUUUUGAUGCAACGUUUUACCCUCAGAAUAUGACGGCAGCUACUCGCGUAUUGGCGCCUGACUCUGAUGAUGACGACGAAUCGUGAUGCCAAAUUUGAUAUGAAUAUUGAGAAUAACAAAGAACGUUUUUAGUAAAGAUUGUGAUGUUCCAUA